AUGUCCACUAAUGAUCGUUUAGCCACCACACGAGCAGUAGUCAACGAUUAUUUCAACUGUCGCAUAAACAAUACAUCUAAUGUGACGAACCAAUUGUUUCUCAAUGUACGUCGACUUGCCUCCGAUUGUGAAAGAAAUUAUCAACUUCAACAACCGAAAUUUCAUUUUCGAGCGACGUCAUCCUCGUUGACUGAUGUACGAACUUUUCAUUUGGAAAUUGCGCUGGAAUUAUUCAAUGACGGAAUUGUAUCAUGGGGACGUAUCAUCACAUUGAUUGUAUUCUCAGCGUUGAUGGCGGACCGGCUCAUUCAACACGGAUUAGAUGCGCAGCUGACCAAGACGUCAAUGAUCGACUGGACAACGGAUUUUAUCAAUGUUAAUCUGCGUACAUGGCUUGAAGCUCAAAAUUAUUGGGAUGGUUUUAUGACGAUGUGUCAGAAAAAUUCGCAAAAACGAAUUUCGGUCACACGAUACGCAAGUCUACUAGGCACUGUUGGAAUGAUCACACUCGGCGCUUUAUACAUGAACAAAUACGCUUAUUAA